AUGUCGAACUCGGUUAUCGAAGCCUUCAAAGGUAUCAAUGUAGCGUCUGCUCAUGAUUUGACUGAGCAUGAGGCUAUCUUUGAAGUUUCCUAUCAGUACUUGUCGAAGAUUAAGGACUUUCGUGAUUUGAAGUCUUUUCACUAUUGUCUUGUCUCCUUGAUCAAUAGUGAUAAAUACUACAGAGCUUUACAAUUAAUCAAGGAAGUGCCCAAUGAAAUCCAUCAAGAAUAUCCAUUGGAAAAGGCAUAUGUCUAUUACAAGACAGGAAAAGUUGACUUAUUGAAAGACGUUUACAAAUCAACAAUAAACCUGAACGACAUCAGUGACGCUUUAUCUAGAGGAUUGAAACACGUCGUUGCUCAAAGCUACUACCAGACUGGAAAGUACGAUGCAGCUUUGCAACUAUACUCUGAAUUAAUCUCUACCAAUACCGUUGACGGUACUGUGGAUUUGGCUUGUAAUGAGAGAGCUAUUUUGUCGCAGAUAGCCAUGAAGUCAGGAUCAUGCCCUGUACCUCAGCUGACCGUUUCUGAUUCUACAGAGACGUACGAUAUUAUCUUCAACAAUGCUUUGAUCAAGUUGGCAAGUGGGAAUUAUGAUGAGAGCUUACAGUUGUUGAAGUCUGCAUUGUCGCAGUGUGAAGAACAGAACCUUGACUCUGAGCCAACUGAGUUGAUGAUGGAGGUUUCCCCAAUCAAAUUGACUGUUGCAUACAUUUACCAAUUGAGUGGUAGAAUUGAUGAAGCGGUAGAAGUGUUAAGCACGCUCGAUUUGACCUUCAUUACUGACCUAAUGGUCCAGUUGAUUAUCAAAAAUAAUUACAAGUCCCUCCAUCCCUCUGAAGAAAAUGUCAACUUUGUUGCCAGAGAGUUGGAUUACCAAUUUCACUUUCAUCAUUUGAGACAAAAACUUACACCCAUUCAACGUCACACGUUGUUAAAGAACCACUUAUUGUUGUCUUACCAAAGCAAGUCCCUCUCAAAAAGCUCAAAGUACUUAACAAAUCGCUUCUACAAAGAGUAUUCGGACAGCUUUAACGGUGAUGUUACACCAUUAAUCUAUAAAGUCCUUAUCACGUUGGAUAUCACAUUGGAAGAUCUUGAAUCUCCAUCGCAAAACACCGCAGUCGCAAAGAAAAUCUUCAAGUUUGCUCGUGGAAAGCUAGAAAGCAACGACAUUUCUGAUAUUCUUGUUGCUGCGGCCAUUCUUUUGGUAUCUGUGAACACUGUUUCGGGUAAUUACGAUCAAUCUUUGUUGAUUUUGGAAAAAUUGGUUGAAGUUGAACUUUCCUCGAGCCCUGAGACACUUCAUGCUAGCAUUUUUGGGCUCAUAUUUACCUUGUAUGAACAAAGGAAUUACUCAAAAAAAUUGAACAGCUUGCAAUAUGCUCUUUUGCAAAAAUUCGAAAGCUUGGGGAGUGAAGUACUUCAGAGAAAUCCUCAUUUGUAUUACUUUGUUCGUGCGUUCGCUUUCAAGUACUUGAAUGCUGGUCUGGAGGAGAAGUCUUUACAUUUGUUCGGUAUCUUGCAUUCUACCCGAAAGGAUGAUCUGAUUGUUUCCAGUGUCGUUAACAAAGAUAACGGCUCGUUGGCUCCAAUGGAGUCGCUCGCAUCAAAUGAAAGUAUCGAAGAAUUGCUUUCAGUUAACGUUGAGACUUUAGUUUCAGCAGAGAACCCCGUUAAUCGGGCCGUUCCAGCAAAGAAGCCAGUACACAAAGUCACGAAAAAGAAGCAAAAGCCAAAGUUCUCGAAGCACAAGUUUUUCAAACCUGACCAUGAGUUUGAUCCUGCAAAGGACUUGGAUCUGGAGCGGUGGCUCCCGUUGAAACUCAGAUCAAAUUACAGACCUUCGAAGAAAGAUUUGAAGAAGAAAUCAGGAGGCCACCAAGGCGCUAUAGAGUCAUCACCUGCUCCUCAAACUGCUGCUCACUCGUCCUCAACUUCUACUAAAUCGAAGAGCAAAGGAAAGAAAAAAAAGGGUAAGAAGUAG